CUUUAAAAUACCUGUAUGUGCUUGUCCUUUAUUAAAGGAGAGAUAUAUGUGUCUGAACGCGAGGGCUGCGAUUCUACUGGCGAUGGAACAGAGAAGAAGCCUUUCAAAACUGCUCUGAAGGCUUUGAUAACUGCAGGAAAGGAACCAUUUCCUACUAUUUAUGUGGACUCACAAAAAGAAAAUGAGAGAUGGGAUGUUAUUUCUAAGUCACAAAUGAAGAAUGUCAAAAAAGCAUGGCAGCGAGAACAAAUGAAGAAUGAAGCUAGGGAGAAGAAAGAGGCAGCAGACAUUUUGCGACGAGAGAAGAAUCUGGAGGAAGCAAAGAAAAUUACCAUCAAGAAUGAUCCCAGUCUCCCAGAGCCUAAAUGUGCGAAGAUUCGUGCUUUAGAGGCACACAGAGGCCAACGAGUGAAGGUUUUUGGCUGGGUCCACAGGUUACGUAGACAAGGGAAAAAUUUGAUGUUCCUGGUGUUAAGAGAUGGCACCGGAUUUCUGCAGUGUGUCCUGUCAGAUGAACUGUGUCAGUGUUACAAUGGAGUGAUCCUCUCUACAGAGAGCAGUGUGGCCAUGUAUGGUACAUUAAACCCUGUUCCUGAAGGCAAACAGGCUCCAGGAGGCCAUGAGUUAAGUUGUGACUAUUGGGAACUUAUUGGUCUGGCUCCAGCUGGAGGGGCUGAUAACCUGAUCAAUGAGGAAUCGGAUGUUGAUGUGCAGCUUAACAACAGAUAUAUGAUGAUCCGAGGAGAGAACAUGUCCAAAAUCUUCAAGGUGCGCUCUGUGGUCAUACAGUGCUUCAGGGAUCACUUCUUUGACAAUGGAUAUUAUGAAAUCACUCCGCCGACACUUGUCCAAACACAAGUUGAAGGAGGCUCCACUCUGUUCAAGCUGGAUUAUUUUGGCGAAGAGGCAUUCUUGACCCAGUCAUCCCAGCUAUACCUGGAGACUUGUAUCCCUGCAUUAGGAGACACAUUUUGUAUCGCCCAGUCAUACAGAGCUGAACAGUCCAGAACACGCAGACACCUGGCAGAAUAUACUCACAUUGAAGCUGAAUGUCCUUUCAUGACCUUUGAAGACUUGUUGACCCGUUUGGAAGAUUUGGUGUGUGAUGUAGUGGAUAGAGUCUUGAAAUCAUCUGUAUCAACCUUUCUACAUGAUCUAAACCCGAACUUCCAGCUCCCCAAACGCCCUUUCAAACGAAUGAAUUAUACAGAUGCCAUUACAUGGCUAAGGGAGCACAAUGUGAAGAAGGAAGAUGGCACUUACUAUGAAUUUGGAGAAGAUAUCCCAGAAGCUCCUGAGAGACUGAUGACUGACACCAUUAACGAACCAAUCUUGCUGUGUCGAUUUCCUGCAGAAAUUAAGUCCUUCUACAUGCAGCGUUGUCCAGAAGAUUCACGGCUUACUGAAUCUGUUGAUGUAUUGAUGCCCAAUGUUGGUGAGAUUGUUGGAGGCUCAAUGCGUAUCUGGGAUAGUGAUGAGCUACUAGCGGGUUAUAAGCGGGAAGGUAUUGACCCCACUCCUUACUACUGGUAUACAGAUCAGCGUAAAUAUGGCACAUGCCCUCAUGGAGGUUAUGGCUUGGGCUUAGAACGCUUCUUAACAUGGAUUCUGAACAGGCAUCACAUCCGUGACGUAUGUCUGUACCCACGCUUUGUCCAACGCUGCAAACCUUAGCUAUUGCCUCAGAAGAAAUUCAACAGGAAAAUCAAAGCAACUUCUAAAAUCCUACAUGAGGGAGAAAUAACAGUUCUCUAUGUCAUCCUACAGUCCAUCUGAAGCAAGCCUGAACCCUAAAGUAGUACAAUUUGCGUGAACCCUAAAGUAGUACAAUUUUCACCUGAGAAGGUGAAAUUGUGCUUAUUUGGAAUGUUGUAUCAUUUUUAAAAAUGUGAAUCUACAGAAAAAUUGCUGCUUUGUCAUUUUAAAAACACCAUCUGUUAGGGGCAGUGCAGCUUUUGGCUUAGAGUUUUUGUAUUAGAUUGACCUUUGAACCAUACAAUGUGCAAUACUUAAUACACAACAUUUAUUUCUCCUGUGACUUAACACUCAACAUGUAUGUGUUGUAAAACAUUGAGGGCAUUUUAUUUUCAUGUAAAAGUAACUGGGUUGAUGUUCCAUCUGUUUUGGGGGUGGUUUUGGUAAACUAAAAGGCAGUUCUUUUAAAGUUACAAAUAUUGUGUGAGAAUAUUAGAGUGCAGCAGAAAUUAAUAAAGAUGGAAUUAUGUAAAUCUGUUAGAAAUACAAAGUUAGAACAUUUGGGUCCAAUCCUUCUCUUACCUAAGCAAAACUCUCACUGUGGUCAGUAAGAGAGGACAAUGUGCUCAGUCUUACAAACAUAAAAAGAUCUUCUGUCUUUUGACAAAGUUCAUUAACUUGGAAAUGAUGGCUUCAGCUCUGUAAAGAGCAGAGUACCCUCCACUGCUUUGUGUCUGCCAGGGACCAGUGGUCUACACCAUGCAGGACUGAGCCCUUUAACAGGACCAGCCAUUGUACUGCCUACAUGAUGAAAAGUGAGGUGGGUGUGUUUUAAAAUGCUGUCUGGCUUCUCCUAUACACCAGCAUGGUCACUGAUACAGUUCUGUAACUUUGUAACUGAAACUCUUAAAGAGGAUGUUAAUCCAAAGCCUAUAAUUCUGAAAUUAAUCUAAGGAACAUAUUUUCUUAGGUCAGUAAUUUCUUGUCUCCCAGAUAGCUUUUUACUGACUAAAGUUUGGGUAAUGGGGCUUAGUGUACUGUUUCUGCUCCUCUGUAGGUUCCCUCAACGAUUGUAAUCAAAUUUAAUUAUGAAGUGCUUUGAAAUGUCUGAAUACAUUUUAGUGCUAAACUAGAUAAAUUUUACUGGAACAAAUAGUAGGUGGAUUAUUUGAGACCUACUUUGAUACCUGCCUUGAGACCUAGUCUGGACUCUUCAUCUACACUGUACUUGCAAACUGUUAAAAUUCUCAUUUCUAUAGCAAACCUUUGAUUUUUUUUUUCCUUUUAGAAUUUUGCAUGUUGCACAAUAUCAGUCAGUCCAAUCUACCAAUCAAUAAAUGUAUCAUAAUAUAAAGAA